UACCUACAUGAAAUUGACAGUUUAGGUACUAAAGAUGUCAUCAUGUCAGUAGAUUGGGUGAUAAAAUAAAUAUUCCAUUAUUUUUACAUCGUUAGUACAUAUUUUCUACUUAUUUUAAAUUUUUAAUUGUAUUUAUAAAAUGGAAACCAAAGUAGCUAUUGUAACAGGGAGUAACAAAGGUAUUGGCUUUGAGAUUGUCAAGGGCUUGUGUCAGAAGUUCAAUGGUGCUGUGUACCUCACAUCUAGAAACGAGGAAAGGGGACGAAAAGCUGUAAAGAAACUCGAAGAGUUGGACCUAAGACCUUUAUUCCACAUCCUAGAUGUUACGAAUGAAGAAAGUAUUCAGGAGUUCGCUACCUACAUUUCAACCCAUCAUUCAGGAAUUGAUGUAUUUGUGAAUAACGCCGGUAUAUUGGAUUUUGAUAAGGCUGUUUCAUCGUACGAAGAUGCAAAAAAACUAAUAGACACGAAUUUCAUGAGUCUGUUGACUGUAUCGAAAAUAUUAUAUCCUUUGUUGAAGAAUGACGCAAGAGUUAUCAACAUUAGCAGUGACUGGGGAUUGUUGUCUAACAUAAGGAAGCAGACCUGGCUCGAUACACUAGUCAAAGAUGACCUAUCUGUAGAAGAAAUAUUACAGUUUGUGAAUGACUUUCUUCAAGCAGUUAAGAAUGGCAAGAGCUCAAUGGUAUCAUUUGCAGGACAUUUUGGAGAUUAUAAAGUUUCUAAAGUAGCUAUGUCAGCACUUACAUUUGUGCAACAGCGGCAGUUUAAUGAACAGGGAAAAGAUAUAUCUAUUAAUUGUGUGCACCCAGGUUUUGUUAAAACUGACAUGACAAAAGGAAUGGGGGACUUUUCACCAGAGCGUGGAGCUCGAGCCCCGCUAUACCUAGCACUGGAGGCACCACAAACAUUAAAAGGUACUUUUAUUUGGCAUGACUGUCAUCAAGUGAAUUGGGACGAUUAAUACUUACUUGAUUAUUUUAUUUGUCUGUAAACUCUGUUAAUCCUGUGAUAACAGUGUCAGCCACACUUUAAACUGUAAUAUAUUAUCUUUUUUGUUCA